AUGAAGAUUAUGGUAGCUGUUAAACGAGUCAUCGACUACGCCGUCAAAAUUCGGGUUAAACCCGACAAGAGUGGCGUGGAGAUCUCCAAUGUGAAGAUGUCGAUGAACCCCUUUUGCGAGAUCGCACUAGAAGAGGCCCUCCGGAUCAAGGAGUCGGGCGGGGCCUCGGAGGUGGUGGCCGUGUCAGUGGGCCCGGCCCAGUGCGUCGACACUCUCCGGACCGGGCUGGCUAUGGGCGCAGAUCGGGCUAUUCACGUGGAGUUCCCCGGAACCCUUUACCCGCUUUCGAUAGCCAAGAUUCUCAAAGCUCUUGUUGAUGCUGAAAAACCUGGCCUUGUCCUUCUUGGGAAACAGGCUAUUGAUGAUGACUGCAACCAGACGGGACAAAUGAUUGCUGGACUUCUUAAAUGGCCGCAAGGGACCUUUGCAUCCAAGGUUGUACUGGAUAAAGCAAAUAAUGUAGUGACAGUGGACAGAGAGGUUGAUGGAGGUCUUGAGACACUCUGCUUGGACUUGCCUGCAGUAAUUACCACGGACCUGAGACUGAACCAGCCCAGGUACGCAACCCUUCCAAAUAUCAUGAAAGCAAAAUCAAAGGUGAUAAAGAAAGUGAGCCCACAGGAUUUGAAUGUUGAAAUAAGAUCUGAUUUAGAAGUCGUUCAAGUUACUGAACCUCCCAAAAGGAAGGCAGGGGUCAUACUCUCUUCUGUUGAUCAACUUAUUGACAAAUUGAAAAACGAAGCUCGUUUGCCGACACUUACCCCAUUGGUGGAGUCGGCGGCCACAUCAUUGCCGUCGACCACCAGAGCCGUCAACUACGCUGGCGAGAAACUGACGGCGUCGAGAUCUGGGAUUGACUGA